GUUAUGGCCGCCUCGCGGGUGCUGCUGCUCCUGUCCGGGCGCCCCGUGUCGCCGAGCUUCGCGCAGAGUGUGUGUCGCCUCCUGGGCGCCGGGCCGGGGCUCGGGCCGUGGCCCACGCACUGCGGCUUUAAGCGAGGACGACUCGUCCUCUCGGACCGGCCAUUCCCAGGCGCUUCGACCACACUUCCGCUCCAGCGACCCCCUUUCUGCCCUUUUGUGGCACUGGACCAGCAGCAGCUCAGGGCUCGGGGGACUGAGCUGCCCACGAAUCGAGGUGUGGAUCUGGGUGUGGCCGUCAUUCUGCAGUCCAGCGACCAGACUAUCUUGUUAACCCGAAGGACAAGCACCCUCAGCCUUUCUCCCAACCUCUGGGUACCCCCAGGUGGGCACGUGGAACUUGAUGAAGAGCUGUUGGACGGAGGGCUCCGAGAGCUUUGGGAGGAGAGUGGAUUGCAGCUGCCCCAGGACCAGUUCUCUUGGGUUCCUCUGGGGUUAUGGGAGUCUGCCUACCCUCCGAGGCUGAGCUGGGGUCUCCCCAAAUACCAUCACAUCAUUCUCUAUCUUCUCGUGGUCUCCCAGGAGUCACAGCAGCAGCUGCAGGCCCGGAUCCAACCAAACCCAAAUGAGGUGAGCGCCUUUAUGUGGCUGGGACCAGAUGUAGCAGCUGCAGUGGCCACCAUGGAGGAUGGUACAGAGACAUCCAGGCAUCUCCCCCAGGAGCUACCACCUUCCAUCCUUAUAGUAGAACUAAAGGAGGAUGGAGGAGCUCGACCCCUGGCCUUGCCGGUGUCCACGCUGCUGCGGACAACCCCAACCACAGCUGAAGGAAAAGAGAGGGUCAGCUCUGGGACGAAGUUUGCCCUCAGGCUCUGGCUGCAACAUCUGGGCAGGUAGCGCUGGGAUGGCAGUUGAGGUGACAGGACAGUGCUUUUUGGUCGGGGGCAGGUCCUCCUCAUCUGACGAACUCUCUAUUGUCAAGUCAAUAACUUCAACCUUCUUCUU